ACAACAAUCCAUUGAACCCACUCUUCAGUCAGAGACCUCUACUGAAGAAGAACACUCUGAUAGCUGAGAUGAUGGAGACGCUGCAGAAGACGUCCCUACAAACGGCUGCUGUGGAGUGUGAUGUUUGCACUACAGAGAAGAACAGAGCUGUAAAGUCCUGUCUGCAGUGCUUGGCCUCCUUCUGUCAAACUCAUCUGCAGCUUCACUAUGAAUCUCCUGCGUUUAUGAAGCACAAACUAGUCGAAGCUUCCAGAAACCUUCAGGAGAACAUCUGCCUCAGUCAUGGGAAACUUCUGGAGAUUUACUGCCAGUAUGAUCGUCAAUGCAUUUGUUGUUUGUGUGUGACUGACAAUCAUAAAAACCACAGUGUGGUGUCUGUGGACUCAGAAUGUACUAGAAAAAAGAAAGAGUUAAAGGAGAUAAAGGUGGCGUGUCAGAAGCUGAUCCAGGAGCGAGAGAGAGGUCAGCGGGAAAUUAGUGAAGCUGUGAAGUCUUUUAAAAGUUCAGCGCUAGAGACCAUGGAGGACAUUGAGAAGGUCUUCACUGAGCUCAUCUGCUCUCUUGAGAGGAAACACUCUGAGAUUAAAGAGCAGAUCAGAGCUCAGGAGAAGAUGGAGAUAGAUCGAGCAGAGGAACUUCACAAACAUCUGGAUCAAGAGCUGACAGAACUCAGAAAAAGACAAGCAGAGAUUGAGAAACUUCUGAUUACUGAUGAUCAGAUCCAUUGUGUGAAGAGCUGUCAGUCUGUGUGUGUUUUACCCACAUUUGAAGACAUUCCCAGCUUCACUCAACACACUCAUCUGUCUUUUAAAGACAUUUCAAUCUCAGCAUUUAAGGAGGUUUUGGAGGAUGUCUAUCAACAACAAACAGCCAGAAUAUCUCGAGAAGUGUCAAAUGUCUCUGUUGUAAAGUCUCCAGAACCAAAGACCCAAAAUGAUUUUUUGAAGUGUAAGUUGACCUGUGGUUUCUUCAAGGCAAACACUCAUUAAUUGUUAAGUAUCAGUGGAUAUGAU